CAGGAUUGGCGGAGGGAGGGUAGCGGAGGAGUGCCGCAGGAGGAUCACCCAUGGUCGCGACUGGGGCACCAGCCGCACGAGGAGGCUCAUAGGUACAUGUCACAAACUUCACCAACAGACCGGGCAUCGAAUACCUCUUUCGCUCUCCCAGGGACGCAGAUUGCUGCAUCUCAGGCCGCAGGUCCCAAUGCAGACUCCUCCAGGCCAAGCACUGCGAGUGUUGCCAGGACCGAAGCAUUCGGCAGCUAUGAAAGCAGUGUUUACGGGAGGCAAGGAGCAGACAUCAAUCCUGGAUUCGAGUCUCGUAGGCCAUCAGCCGACUCAAGCGUCCAGACCCCUUCUCGAGCCUUUGGUGUGCACAGUAUCUUGAACCCUCAGACGGAGCCUGAAGGGCCGCCUUUGGUGCCCGCAACGAGCAGUCAGUCGCAUUUAAGCAUCCUCCAAGGACCGUCUGAAGUAUCACCUCGUGUUCGAAAACGCACGGAUCCUCGAUCACCGCCGCAGGACCAAUCUCAGCCGGGUAGUACACGUGUUGGAAGGCGUGUGCUCACGCCAAAAUCUCCGGCAGUCCGUGCGGCGAGUCUGGGAGCCAGGAGAAACCCUACGUUUCACUCCACCAUACAGCCCCUCCAACCGUUUUCCGGGUCGACAGGCCGAACAUACACGGCUGAACCAGGACCGUACAGAACUUCGGAAAUCCCACCACUUCCUUCUUUGGCGAUAGCAACAGGUCCGAAUUUGCCAAAUAUAGCGCCCUUUGAAUCUGGCAACCAAGCCCGCUCUGCGCCUGCGCCUGGAAACUCCCCGCGUGGUCUAGAAUCUACGAUCACGCACACAGCUGAUCGAGCUUUCUCAGGCCAGUCAACGUACCCUAGGAUCGAACAACCUUCGCCGAUAUUUCGCUAUGGCCCUGGCCAGCAGCUCUCUCAGCCCUCGCCUGUUCGCAGAGGGUUUCAACCGAGCGGGCCUGGCGGAUACGCUCUCGAAAAUCAUCUACAUGGCCCUCACGAAGGCUACCAGCCUGGACAGACCUCUAUGAAUCUGACUCUGGAUACGGAUCAAGGGCCGUUGGUUCUCCCGGUGGAAUUGGACCUACAACAAGCAUCGAGAGUGGCAGACGAGAAGAGAAAACGCAAUGCCGGUGCAUCGGCUCGAUUCCGGGCUCGGCGGAAGGAGAAGGAGAAGGAGGCUUCCCAGACCAUUUCAGGGUUGCAGGAAGAACUCAGGGACUUGAUCGAGGAGCGAGAUUUCUACCUCUCAGAACGAGACCACUUCCGCGAAAUCGCUGCAAGACACGUGGCCAACCCGCAACUCCUACAGCGUCCUCCGUCACCGCGACAGCGGCGAAUGGCGGUGGCAGCGGCAGGUCCAGCACCGACCAGCGGCGCCAGCUCUGAGCCGCAGUUCAGCUCGGAAGAUUCGUACCGCGAAUAUCAUGAGAGGGAGUCUUCUAUCAGCCAGCGCCGUCGGACAGGAGACUAUCAGCCCAUCUUCGUCGGGGCCCAGACUCAAUCGCCGUCUCAGCCGCCGUACACUGGGUUUCCACCGCAGCCCCCCGUGCCUCUACCUCAACUCCCCGCGACGACGAAUGGUGCCUAUGCGCCUCCACGAUCCUUGCCGCCGGGACCACCGGCUCCUUCCCUUACAAGAUCGCAGUCAUAUGAUCCUUUCCGUCGAGGAGAUCACUAUGAGCGCACAUGGCCUUCAGGUCGGUAACGACAACGGUGUAAAUAAAUACUGCCGCCUGAGAUCUUCUUUUUAUUUUUUUGUUUUCCAACACUAUUCGACAUGACUAUAACCUAGAGAGACGACUAUGAGGGCAACCUCAGAUGCAGCAUCCUAUACACAUUUGUAUGAUGAUGGGACAUGAUUAUGAAUGAACCGAUGAUCAGAAGAAAAAAACGGAUGCUCAACUGUCGUCACAGGGAUGCAUUUCAAACACACACCUUAUCUCGAAUGCCAUCCCGAGAUAUCGAUGAUUUUGAGAGGGAAAGACAACAACCGCGAGACCAACUAAUACCUUUUUUUUCUAUUUGUUUUUUUUUCAGCAUUUUGCAUGUGCAAGAUACCCCCGGACCAUAUUUUCUCUUUUCUCGACUAAUACUUCUUCUGUUAUUAUUCUUUUGGUGGAAGGUGGUGCG